CAGCAGCACUUGAAUGAGGUAUAAUCGGUUGACCAUUGAUUGCACACACGCAGGGAGAUCGAAAUCGAAAGCUGCCUGCCUGCCUGCCCUCCUGCAUUGGCUAGGCUGGGGUGGGCUGGGCUAGGCCUACUGGGUUGAUUUGGAUCUUAUUAGUCGCCACUCCUUGCGGUCUUGACGUCUCCACUCUCCUGCUGACAAGCAUAUAAAUGCUCCGUUGCCGUCUCUUCUGCCGCAGGAAGGAGUGGUCUGUGAACGGUGUUGUGGUUUGACCACUUCUGCAUCUGCAGGUGCUGCAACACUCAUUCUGUCAUUCGUACCUUCCGACGACCUCUCCUCUCCUGUUCUCUGUACGAUUAGAGUAGGGAAGGAGAGGAUCCCUUUGUCCUGGCCGACAGAGGAAAGAAUCAGAAAUCAGAUAUUUUUCGAGUUCUGUGGACCGAAAUUCGAACAUUUCCAUAUUCGAAGUGCAAACAACAUGAGGAAAGAUCUCGUCGGUUCGAAGGAGCUGAAGAAUGCAGGUGGCGUCCGUACUUGAGAAUGGUCGACGAGGGGGAUUCGUAGACCGCGGGGCCGAGUGAGCUGAGAGACGUUCGAGCAGGAACGGAGUUGAUCGUGAAUGCCGAGAUCUUGACCCGGAGAUUUGUUGUGGAGAAAUGCGGAUAGUCUGAGGUGUAGUUUGUAUGAUACUGCAGCACCCUCCCGCCUGCCCAGCUACUCAGCCGAAAUGUGGUGGAAUUACGUUGACAUGUGGUUGGCGUGGGCAAGUGCCUUCUGCUGCCAUUCAACCGCCUUCGGUUUCUCCAUACAGGGCUGUGUCAUCCAGGCGGCCAUAGGCGCUGGCUACCUGGGGGCUGCCAAGACCAGGAGGAAGGAACUUCAAAAGAUACGGGAUGAUGAGGCAGCUGGCAAUCCAUUUGGAUUUCUCUACCAUGAUAUUGGUGCUUUGGAAACUUCCGCCCAAGAGAGGUUACCUCGUGUUGCCGUCGUCAUGCCCCUGAAAGGCGUUGGUGAAUUCAAUCUUGGCAACUGGAGGACUCAGGUUACGUCUCUUUACGGCGGUGAAGUUGAGUUCCUAUUUGUCGUCGAGAGCGUAGAGGAUCCAGCAUACAAUGCAGUUUCACAGCUUUUGCGGGAGCUGGGGGAUCAAGUUCAAGGGAGGGUUAUCGUGGCUGGCCUUUCAACCACGUGCAGUCAAAAAGUUCAUAAUCAGCUGGCCGGUGUAGAAGCUAUGCACAAGGAUACUAAGUAUGUUCUCUUUCUCGACGAUGAUGUUCGAAUCCAUCCUGGUACGAUAGGUUCUGUAGUCCGCGAUAUGGAGGUGAAUCCCAAGAUCUUUGUGCUUACGGGCUUCCCUUUUGAUAUACCAACACAAAGAUGUCUGAAGGCGUACUGCAUUUACGAAUAUCACAUGCCAUGCUCUAUUGGAUUUGGUCUGACUGGUGGUCGAACUUUUUUCUUGUGGGGUGGAUUCAUGAUGAUGCAUGCAGAAGACUUCAGAAGCAAUCGCUACGGACUGGUCUCAGGCUUGCGAUAUGGUGGAUAUUCUGACGAUAUGACUCUUGCAGCUGUAGCAGCUGCUAAUAAGCGAAUUAUAAGCUCCCCUCCGACCACCGUCUUCUUCCAUCCUCUCGGAAGGGUCAACUUCAAGCAGUAUUGGAAUUAUUUGCGAAAACAAAGUAUCGUUUUGGAGACGCACAUCACAACUGUGAAUUAUCUGAUGAAUCGCGCUCUGUUUUACUCGCACUGUUGGUUGUCAUGGGGACUCUGCAUUCCGUACUUUACGAGCUUGAUACACCUGCUGGCUAUCCUUCGAUUUUACUGUACAUCCAAUCCUGAGUUUAAUCCUGACAUCAAAACUGGUCUUGUAGUUGUAGGUUGCACAAUUACAUCUUCGCUUAUUGAAGUGUUGUCAAUGAAGCGCCUAUCCCGAGUGGAGAUUGACUUAUGCAAUGCCCUAUCUCCUGAGAGUCCGAAAGUAUCAAUCGAACCGUACGACUGGUUCCUUGUCUUCAUCUCAACAAUAUGUAGCAAUUUCAUGUAUCCAUGGGCAGCGUUCACUUCUAUGAUCACCCAACAUAUCAACUGGUCAGGUGUAGACUAUUAUUUUCGAAACGGGAAAAUGUGCCGAAUAGAAAGGCCGAAGAAAAGAGCGACACCCCCAAAAAAUUGGGUACAUACGAAGAAUGGGGCAUGGGACUCCAACUCUUUACAGUCCACAAUUGUUGGACGGACAAUACAGAGUAUAUGGGGAGAGAAUUUUAGAUCUCCACAACUCUUUGACAAGAAGAUUGAAUCUUGAAUUUUGUAUUAGUUUUCGAUUGUUUGCCAACAGGGAGUUAUGGAGCUUGUCGUGAACCUUUCACUGCAACCGUUCAAUAAGACGGUGGUUGUCAGAGGUGGAGACUUGCAUCUUCUCAGAGAUGGGAAGACCUCGUAAAGUGCCGCUGCAGAAUGUACCAUGGACUGUAACGAAAUGCUUCAUAUAGCAGCUUUCCCUUUGAAGAACGUUGUUUCUGGAAAGCUUGUAAAAGAUAACUAUUUUGUGAUCUAAUAUUUCAUCAAUGAAAAACGCACCAGCUGAUAGGUUUUAUGUAUCAUUCUUUACCGACAUAAGAAGCUGCAGUUAUACAGAAGCCUGGAACAAUUAGUGUCUUCUGUGCUUGAUGAGAAGAACAUUGAUUUUCGAUAAUCUACUAAAUAAAAGACGAUCUUGACCCAAUGCUUCGUAACUU